UUUGACAGAGAGAGAUUCAGCGCAGAGUUCCCGACAUGAGCGACAGUGCAGCCGCCGAAACCGCUCCUCCAGCCUCCGCCAGCACCAAACCCAAGUCUCCCAAGAAGAAGAAGGCGACAGCUCCCAGGAAGAAACCAGCCGGUCCCGGGUUGGGCGAGCGGAUUGUGAAGAUUGUCGGGGAGAACAGCGAUCGGAAGGGAACGUCUCUGGUCGCUAUAAAGAAGGCGCUGCAGAGAAGCGGGGUCAAUGUGGAGAAGCAAAAUGCACAGAUCAGGAUGGCUGCCAAGAGGUGCCUGGCGAAAGGCUCCCUGGUUCUGGUGAAGGGCCAGGGCGUCUCCGGCUCCUUCAAACUCGCAAAGAAUCCAGUCAAGACAAAAGUGGGAAAGAAGGCGAGACCAGCAGCAGCCGCCAAGAAAGCAGCCGUGAAGAAAACAACGAGCAAGAAGGUGGCAGCGAAGAAAGCGACAGGCAAGAAAGCGGGCGGCAAGAAGGCAGCAACGCCGAAGAAACCGGCGAAGAAAGCAACGCCGAAGAAAAAGACUCCCGUGAAGAAAGUGAAAAAGACCAAGAGCCCCAAGGCCGCAAAGCCGGCCCCGAAAUCGGCGAAGGCAAAGGCCAAGCCCAAAGCGAAAGUGACCAAGAAAGCAGCAAAGAAAUGAUGCAGUCGGUGUAACAUGUAACAACCUGAACCCAAAGGCUCUUCUCAGAGCCACCACAUCUUUCAGGAGAGAGCUGAGCCCGGAUCAAAUGAUCCCUGUCCUAGCUCCGAGUGCAGGAAUAAUUUAGACACUGAUUUAUGUGAAUAACCGUUCCGUAUUUACCUAUCGGAUUUACACUCAGCCCCUCUUCCAUACUCUACAAUAUGUGAGUGUGAGGUCCUGCUCACAUAGACCAUAGGCUCUAGUGCUUUGUCAGUUCAUGUCAGUCUGCUUGUCACACAUGCAGGGAGAGAGUCUCAAAGAGUCAAACACAGGCUCUGAAACCCCUCUUCACCACACAAUCCUCAAGAAAUGAUUUUGUCUCAUUCAGCUGGGGGAAUAGAA